AUGUCCCCCGUACCGAUCGUACGCACAGCAAUCAGUAUGGAUGAGAUUUCCCAUCUCAGCCAAUCCCAGCAGGAUACUUCUGCUAUGAUCGGCUGUGAUCUACAACGCCUUUCCAGACACGUCUUCUGCGGCGGACAUGGCUGCUGGGGCUGGGUCGUUAUCCAAAGUCAUUACCACAUCAACCUCGACGUCGCGAGGUUCCCACCGGUCCGGCGGGAUGCAGACGAAGACAGCGAUCUGGACACUUUGUACCUGCCGCCAACAACGCAAGUGUACAUCCACCCUUGGACUCGUUGCAUCGCCGCCUACCCGCUGCACUGUCGUCACUGCACCACACCAUGGACUGUGACUGCCAAUCAGUACUUUCUCCAUUCUCGAGCACCACCGAACCGUGCCAUAACGUCGGUCACCUCAUACUCCAACGACCUGGUUUGGGAUGCAGCCCCAACUUCAUUCUCACUGCGGAGCAGUGCACCAGUCCUUGAAGCCGUACGUCUCUGGCAGGCAUACUUGAUCCAGUGUUGUGAGAAUAGCGCCGCUGUUGAUCGCAUGCAAGGUGGGCACCUUCAUGGGGCUUGCUGA